ACUCUAAUUAAAUUUAGUUGCCUCAGUUGUUCAAAUGACUCCUACAUUAAUAAUCUUAAUGCAUACUUCCUUGUUUUAAACUGACAAAAACAUUUAAAAGAUUUUUAAAAUCUUUCUGGAAUAAACCAUGGUUGAACCAACAGGAGACAUUGCCUUAAUUGGCCUGGCUGUAAUGGGUCAAAACUUAAUUUUAAACAUGAAUGACCAUGGUUUUAUAGUUGUUGCUUUCAAUAGAACUGUUUCAAAAGUUGAAGAAUUUAUGGCUAAUGAAGCAAAAGGAACUAAUGUAAUAGGAGCUACUUCAUUAGAAGAUAUGGUUUCUAAGCUUAAAAAACCAAGAAGAAUUAUGUUGUUAGUUAAAGCAGGAGAUGCAGUUGAUGAUUACAUAAAAAAAUUGGUACCAUUGAUUGAAGCUGGAGAUAUAAUAAUUGAUGGUGGAAAUUCUGAAUACACUGACACUAAUAGACGUUGUAAAGACCUUAUAGCAAAAAAUAUUUAUUUUGUUGGAUCUGGUGUAAGUGGGGGAGAAGAGGGAGCUCGACACGGUCCUUCUUUGAUGCCUGGCGGAGCACCAGAAGCAUGGCCUCAUAUUAAACAGAUUUUCCAAGCAAUCUCUGCAAAGACUAAAGAAAAUGAGUCCUGCUGUGAUUGGGUAGGGGAUGAAGGAGCUGGACAUUUUGUUAAAAUGGUUCACAAUGGUAUAGAAUAUGGAGAUAUGCAAGUGAUAUGUGAAGCAUAUAGUUUAAUGAAAACUUGUCUUGGUAUGUCAGCUCCUGAAAUUGGAAAAGUCAUGGAAGAUUGGAAUAAAACAGAACUGGAUUCUUAUUUAAUUGAAAUUUCAGCUGCUAUACUUCAAUAUAAAGACACCAAUGGUGACUACUUAGUUGAGAAAAUUCGAGAUACUGCUGGCCAGAAAGGUACUGGAAAAUGGACUGCAAUAAAUGCUUUGGAUUCUGGAGUACCUGUUACCCUAAUUGCUGAAUCUGUGUUUGCAAGAUGUCUUUCUUCAUUAAAAUGUGAAAGAAUUGAAGCUAGCAAAUCAUUGUUAGGACCUCUUCAAAAUAUUUAUACUGGUAACAAAGCAGAAUUUAUUGAAGAUAUUCGCCAGGCUUUGUAUGCAUCAAAGAUAGUUUCAUACGCACAGGGUUUUAUGUUAUUUCGACAAGCAGCCAAGGAUUUUAAAUGGAAUUUAAAUUAUGGCAACAUAGCAAUGAUGUGGAGGGGUGGAUGUAUUAUAAGAAGCCAGUUUCUUGGAAAUAUUUGUGAUGCUUUUGAAAAAAAUCCCAACCUUACAAAUUUGCUAUUGGAUGAUUUUUUUAAAGCUGCUAUUCAUAAAGCUCAGUUGUCUUGGCGACGAACUGUAUCAAAUGCUGUUCUUCUUGGUGUGGCUGUUCCAUGCUUUUCAUCUGCAUUAGCUUUUUAUGAUGGUUUUCGCACUGAAAGACUUCCUGCUAAUCUAAUUCAGGCACAAAGAGAUUACUUUGGGGCUCAUACUUAUGAAUUAAAUGAUGUUCCUGGUACUUUUCAUCAUACUGAUUGGACUGGUCAUGGUGGGCGAGUUGCAUCAACAACUUAUCAAGCAUAGUUUUGUUUAUAUUGUGUUCUUAAUAGGUUUAAUAAAUUUAAUAGGAAUGUCAAAUAUUCUUAAACAUCUUUUUAUAAUCUUAUUAACAUUUGAAAUAAUUUCGUUUGAACAGAAAUAUUCAUUUUUAUUCAAUUUUGUUCCUUUUCUGGAAUUUAAAAUUCUUAUUAAAUAAAAUUGUUUAUUCUAAAUUCAAUUUUCAUUUUUGAUGUGGUUGUUAGUUUAUUUUCUACAUGUGUUUGCUGGGUUAUAUAUUUGAAGUUAAAUUGUAAAGAUUUGUAAUUUAUUUAUUAAUUUCUAAUCAUUUAUUUAUACUGUAAUUUCUAAUCAUUUCUAUAUUGUAGAAAGUUAUUAAUUUUAUAAUGUUUAAAAAAAAAAAAAUCAUAAA